GUGAAUUUGGAAUAGUCCAACUAAUCCAACCAACAUAAUCUGAUUAAAAUAAUUUGGUUUACACCGUAGAACAACUCAAAAGGGGCUAUAGCUCCCCUUUUCCCUUUUGGCGUUACAAUUUGAUUCUCAAUAUAAUUAAGUCAAAUUUUUUCAUCUUUCUUCUUCUUCUUGUGAUAGCUCUCCCAAUGCUAGAAUAUUCCAAUACAACCACCACCUAAAGUCCCUCUUAUUAUACUAAUAAAGAUUCCAUAAAAUCCUAAUCAUCGAAAUAAAAACCAACUCCAUUUCCCUGUGAUCAAACAUCCAACUGAUCAUCAUCGUCAUCAUCUCUUAUGUCAAGAUUAGUCCUUUUUUAUUAAGCAAUAUGGCCAAUUUCAUUCUUAGCUGAUCCUGGCUUUAUUUUGAUUAGUCCCAUCUUCUUUUCUUUUCUUUCUUGUGUAAGUUUGAUAAUCAUUUCAUGCGUUACAUGAUCAUUUCCGUCAAUUCAGAAGAGAAACUCUAGGAUUAUUUGAAGAGGGAGAGGCUGCCAUUGCCGACAUAUACAAAAGAAAAAAAAGUUAGUCAUGACAGGAACGCGAGAUUGAUGUGUAUUUCCAGCCUUUUUCAGCCGGGUUUUAAGAUGAUUUCUCGGAGGACUUUUUCCAUUUUUCACGUGAAUAUUGUUGCAUGAGGAUGAUGAUGAUGAUCAAUGGCAUGUAGAAGAAGAAGAAGAAAGAAGAAGAAGAGGUAACAAAUUGCAGCUGAUGUGGUUUGAUGGGGUCUAAAUACAACAAUAUUUGGAACCUCAUCAUCUGUAUGAUCUUUGUUCAUCAUUUCAUCAUGUUGAAUUUGAUGAUGAUGAUGAUGAUAAGCCCUUCUUUUGUUCAUGGAGAAGAUAAUAUUACUCACAACCCGGAUUCAUUAGACUCUUCCAUUCGUGAUAAUGCAUUGAGGAUGCUGACCACAAGGGAAGAUAAGUUCAAAACAGGUGUUCUGUACAACUUAACUCUGCCUAAUGAUGCAAAUUAUUCAGGUGUAAAAGCUACGGCGAUUCGCCUCAGAAGCGGGAGUUUAUGGAGGUAUGGAGGAGGGAACUUGAGUUCCUUUGAAAUCCCUCCAAGGAUACGGCCACACCCUUAUUCAGAAAGAGUAAUUCUUGUCUUCCAAGACCUUGGAAAUCAGUCUGCAGUUUAUUACAGCGUCCCGAAUCAUACGCUAGUUGCGCCGGUUUUAGGCUUAUCAGCAUAUGAUGCAAAUUUCAGCUUAAACGAUCCAGGAAGUCAAGUUGAGCUUAUUCCCCUGAAGGAUCCUGUUUUAGUCCAUUUUCCGCAGCUUGAUGGUACAAGGUAUAAUGGUUCAACGGCGAAAUGCGUUAAGUUUUCUGGGAUGAAUGGAGAAGUGGUAGAGUUUAGCAAUGUGACAAUGGAUAACAAAUGUGUAGCAAAUGGUCAAGGCCAUUUCUCCAUUGCGAUUCCAUCUUUGCCUCUGCCUCCUUCUUCACCACCAGGCAGGAAGGUUGAGAAGAAAGUUAAUAAUAGGUACUGGAGAUGGUGGGUGAUUGGAUUUGGAGUAGGAAUUUGUUGUUUGAUUAUUUCGGUUGUAUUUGGGAUUGUUUUGUACAAAUUCAUUAGGGUGAGGAAGAUAGGAAAGAUGGAGAGACAAUCUGAAAAAGGUGAGGCAUUAGAUACAAUUUGGAUUGGCUCCAGUAGAAUGCCUUCUGCUUCAGGUAUCAGAACUCAACCAGUUCUAGAGAAUAGUUAUCUUCCUUAAAUUCAUUGAUUAAUAUUUCUUCAUCAGUUUUUCUCUUCUCUUAUAGCAUAUUUUUAACUUCUUUUUUUCUUGUGUAGAAAGGGAAUGUCCAUUUGUUCAUGAAAUUGAUCAGAUUUCAUAAAAAGCAAGUUUUGAUCUUUGUUCAUUUUGUUCAAUUCAUUUUGUUCAUUUUGUUGCGUUAGGUUGAUAGUUGAGAUUUCAAUUCAAGCAUGUUGGAAACCAAAGAAUUAAACUAUUUGAGGUCUGGAAUCUUAAUGUGGUUGUUAAGAAAUGAGCAAAUAGUCCAACUUUUGGCACACUUUGUUUAAGAGAAAAGGAGAGCAUCAUUAUUGCAUAUCUUGAUGAAUUCAAAGCAUCAUCUCCUACCCAAUUGAUUAUAAAAUCUUGAAGCAGCCCCAAUUGAGAAUAUUGUGUUGGCAUGUUGAUUUGAAUAUUUGUCUCAUCAUUGUCAAGCUCUUAAUUCAUCAAGCACUGACUGAUUGGGUAGUUAAGCCAUUGCUUUCUUCAAGAAAAGAUACAAAAUUUGGGGACAGAAACUUGAAUUUGUAUAAAACAUGAGAUGAUUCCCCACUCAAAAUCAUAAACUUAAGUUUGCUGAUGUCUCAAUUCUCCCAGUUUAAUUAAUCAGCUGUACCACCAGCUUCUCAUUUAAGUAUGUUUCCUCACCUCACCACUGUUUUUGAGCCCUGGAU